AUGGUAAAUGUGAAGAUAACUUUUAUCCAAUUAAUAGGAUAUUAUGUCAAAGACAAAGAUUGCUUACAUUGUGAUAGUAGUUAUGCUACUGAUAAAUAUGAUGGUAAAACUGGUGAAUGUAUUACUGUCAAGCACUUUUUAUGUAAGUCCAAAAAUAAAAUUCAAAUUGUAACUUAUCAUUGUAACACCUAUAAUAAUUCACCAUGUACAGAUUGUGAAACUGGUUAUUGUAUUGAUAGUGGUAAAUGUGGAAAUUGUUCAGACGUUUGA